CUCUCUCUCUCUCUCUCUCUCUCUCUCUCUCUCUCUCUCCUGCCACUAGUUGCGUCAUCACUUCAACCACCAGAACCCAAAACACAGCUAGCACAAAGCCAAAAGAAGGAAGAAACCGAUCGAUUGAUGAGAUCAGGAGCCAUGUUGGGAGCCAGCAAGAACAGCAUCCCAAGCAGUUCCACAUGUUGUUUUGUCGUUCCAAAUUCUUCUUCCUCCUCUUCUGAUAUUUUCCCUUCUUCCUCAGACAAUGGGGUCGCCACUCAUAAGAGGAAAAGAAGACCUGCUGGUACACCAGAUCCAGAGGCAGAAGUGGUUUCUCUGUCGCCGAGAACGCUUCUCGAAUCAGACAGGUACAUCUGCGAGAUCUGCAACCAAGGUUUUCAGAGAGACCAGAACCUUCAGAUGCACCGGAGACGGCACAAGGUCCCCUGGAAGCUUCUCAAGAGAGACAACAACGAUCAAGAAGUGAAGAAAAGGGUUUAUGUCUGUCCUGAGCCAUCGUGUCUCCACCACGACCCUCGUCACGCCCUCGGCGAUCUCGUCGGGAUCAAGAAGCACUUCAGGAGAAAACACAGUGAGCACAAGCAGUGGGUUUGCCAGAAAUGCUCCAAAGGCUACGCCGUUCAAUCCGAUUACAAGGCUCAUCUCAAGACUUGCGGCACCCGAGGCCAUUCCUGCGACUGUGGCCGCGUCUUUUCCAGGGUGGAGAGUUUUAUUGAGCACCAAGACAGCUGCAAGGUAAGGCGAGCCACCCACCACCAGCCGCCGCCGCCUGCCGCCUGUCCGUCGAGAACGACCUCCAUCGCAAGCACGCCGUCCAGCGAUGCUGUCGCGCGGGUCCCACCGCAGUUGGUCGGAGGACAAACUGUUCCGACACCAGUAUUGCCGCCAAUUUUCAUCUGUUCACGAGACAACACAAUGAACAAGAACAACCACCUCGAACUCCAGCUCUUACCGUUCAUGUCGGAUAAUCCAAACCCUAAUAGAAAAACCCCCGAAGAAGAACCCUUUGAUACCAACUUGAAUCUCUUCAUAACCCCACUAUCGCAUCCUCACAACAGCAACAUAAGCAAGUGUUCUACGUCUAUGGUUUAUGAUCAAACGAAGGAACUGGCCGGAGAAGAUGUGAAUAUGGCGAUGAAGGAGAAAACGUACGUGGAGGAAGUGAGGCAAGAAGCGAAACGGCAGCGAGAGAUGGCGGAGAUAGAAUACACCAAUGCAAAGAGGAUAAGGCAGCAAGCGCAGGCUGAGCUCGAGAGGGCUAAGCUUCUGAAAGAACAGGCCACCAAGAAGAUAAGCGCAGCGAUCACGCACGUCACUUGUCAGUCCUGUAAAAGGCAGUUUCCGGCGACGGCUAUGCGGUCUUUUCUGCCGGCGGCAGCGCAUGAAACUUCGGUGGUUGUGAGUUAUGUGUCGGGAUGUGAGUGAUCUGAUCCUUUUGUGUGUACGAGAAAGUUAAUUGCGAAGAAAAACAAGAGAAAAGGAAAAAUGUCCUUUUUUUUUUGGUAGUUUUGUGCUCCAAACAUCUCUUAGUUAUGUUCAUUUCAGUGAUUAUUAUAUA